AUAGUAAUGAGAUAUCUCUUCCUUUUUAAUCUCUUCCAAAUUCUCUAGCUCUGUCUCAUAUUCAUAAUAAAACCUACUAAGAACAAACGUGUUCUCUUUUUGUUGUGUUCUUUUCUUCUGCUGCUUCUUCCUUUGGGAUCGUCAAAACUUGAAGAUCGGAUCGACAACUUUCUCACAGAAACCCUAGCGCUCCACUCGAUCCCUCAUAUGAACCAAGAAUAAAUUAAUCUUCCAUUUUCGAAUGCCUUCUCUCAUUUCCUUUUAUAGAGUUUUAAGGGGAGCGAGAGAAGGAUUGAGGUUUGAUCUCUAGAUUUUUCGAAAACACAAGAGGCAAGGGUCAUUUGUCUACAACAAUAGGGAGGCCAACGAUGUCCUCGUCCAACUCUCCGUGUGCAGCAUGCAAAUUCUUGCGUAGAAAAUGCACUCAAGAAUGUGUUUUUGCACCAUAUUUCCCACCUGAUCAACCUCAGAAAUUUGCCAAUGUUCACAAAGUUUUUGGGGCUAGUAAUGUGGCCAAAUUACUCAACGAAUUAAACGCUACUCAACGUGAAGAUGCUGUAAAUUCCCUUGCCUAUGAAGCCGAAUAUCGCCUUCGUGAUCCAGUUUAUGGUUGUGUUGGCCUAAUUUCGGUACUUCAACAUAAGCUCAAGCAAGUCCAAGAUGAUUUAUUGAAUGCUAAGAAAGAAUUAGCAACUUAUAUUGGUCCUUCGGCAAUGUUGCCAAUUCUUCAACACCCCGGGUAUAUACAACAGCAUCCGAAUAAUCCGUCGUCUUCUACCAUGAUGCCUUAUAAUAUGCAGCCAAUGUUGGGAUUGCCAACAGGUAUGCAACAACAACAACAACAUGGUGCUCAGUUAAUGUUGCGUGAUCCUCAACAACAACAGCAGCAAAAUCAGCAGCAAGUUAUUGAAGCUCAUCAAUUAGCGGCAGCGAUGGCGGCAAGGGAGCAACAGGAAAUGUUGAGAACUUAUGAACAACAACCACAACAGCAGCAGCAUCCACAAUUCAACAGUGGGUUUGAUUCUGCAGGUAGUGGCGGAUGUCCAGUAACUGCUACCGGAUUUCAUCAAAUGAGUUCUUCAGUAUCACCUUCAUUGGCUUUGGGCUCCUUUGACAAUCCUUAUCAAAUCCAGCAAACCCAGCAGGAACAUUGCGGACAGGUUCAAGUUCAGCCGCAUCAAUUGCUCCAACAACAGCAGCAGCUAGCGCAACAGCCACAAACACCACAGCAGCAACAGAGAGCCAAAAGUGAAGAGGAAAGGAGCAUUGGACCUUCUUGUUAACUUCUUCACUGCAUGCCAUUGAAGCUUUUUCCUUUCAACAAUUUAUUAUCUUGCGUACAAAGAAGACAGAUGGAGAUGGAGAUGACGAUAUUCAACUUCGAUAGAGAAAGGUCGUGAGCAUCUGGCCUUCUUUUUCGAAUUUUCUUUCUUGUCACCCCCGUUUUAGGUCUGAAGGACAUGAUUAAAUUAUUGGGGAGGUGAAACUUUUGAAACUUAGGAGUUUCGUUUUAACAUUACCAUUGUCUUUUUUUUUUUUUUUUAACCUAUAGAUACCAUUUCUGCUGCCAUCAUACAGAUUUAUUCAUAUACAGUUCAUUCUUA